GAGUAAACUAAGUUUUUAGUACGCAACGAAACUCCAAGCAGUCAAUACGAUUUAAACUGCCCCAACUACCCAACUAGACUAGGCGAAUAAAGAAGUAGGAAAGGAACGAAAAAGCAACUUAACCACACAAUCAAGGAUGGAGUACCAAGUGAUACCGGAGUCGCGAUUCGAAGAAGUGAUCCACCAUUUGCGGUUUAAUUUCCCCGAUGAGCCUCUAAACGUUUCCGUAGGAUUCUGUGCCCACGGUCAGGAGUGUGAGUUGCUAGAACAUCACGAUCUAGAGACCCUGCGGGAAGGUUUCUCCUUAAUGGCUUUGGACACCGAAACCGGAGUGAUAGCCGGCGUGGCAUUGAGCGGGGUAUCGAAACGGGGAGACGCGGAAAAAGCCCUGGAAGAAAUGAAAUCCAUAGAUAAUCUUAAAUAUCACAGGAUAUUUGGAUUAUUAAAUAACGUCAAUAAAUCAUUGGAUCUGUAUUCGAAGUAUAAUGUGGAGGAAAUAUUCGAUAUCAGAAUUUUGUCUGUCGAUACGCGAUAUAGAGGCAAAGGACUAGCUAAGGAGCUUUUUCACAGGAGCGGGCUGUUGGCUGCUGAAAAAGGAUUUAAACUUCUGAAAACGGACGCUACCAGUCUUUUCACGCAAAAAGUGGCGGAGUCCGAUGGUUACACCGUCGCAAAAAGUGUGAAAUAUGGAGAUUAUAAAGACGAAAAUGGAAAGCAAAUCUACAAAACCCAAUCGCCUCACGACUACUACAAAGUCAUGAUAAGGUUGAUAGAUGGUCAUGCAAACAGCGAAUGAAGUGAUAUGGAAUUUAAAGUUACUUUUUUUUGUUUUAUCUUGAUGGGGUUUCCACGGGACCUAAAUGUUAAAAAAAUGUUAAAACUGCUUACUGCCAUGCAGCGUUUAACAUUUUUGCAAUGACUGAUUUUUUUAGCACGAAUUUUAGGGAUUUAACGUCACUUUUUAUGCUUUCCUAUCUCGAUCAGUAUUACAACUAUUUUACCUCAAACUUCAUCACAAAAUGACAAUAAUUAUUAUUUUAUUUACUCACCGUUUUGUCUGCAAAUUGUCUAUGAAGUUGUUAACUAUUAAUCAACGGCAAUCAUUAUAGAACCAUUUUAUACUAUCUACUGUUGACACUGUAAAUUAAUGUUAAAUGAAUAUUGUAUAUGUUAUACCAA